AAGAAGGAGGGUCCAGUUACAGAGGGAUGACUGACUGCAGGACAGGAGGGCUCCACAGAAUGCAGCUAGCUCAACCCACCAGGUGCAAGCAAAAUGGGAUGGUAAUGAUCAUCAGAUAUUUAAUAGCACAUACACGUGACAGGAAAGGCUCUAUAGUGAUAAGUGAUAAAGUAAGACUGAUGCUGUGUAGAGGCAGCAUCACAGCAGACUUUGUGUAGAUAGAAUCAGUUGAAAAUAUUGUAAUUUAGUUGUAUUUAAAGCUGCAGUAAUCCAUAUAUUUAAAGUAACAAUGAGAAAGAAUCAUUGUGUUGUAAAGGGGUCUCUAACAACUGAGAAUUUUAGCAUCUUUCAGCUCACUGUUUGGGUUUACAGGCCCAGUGUUCCAAUUAAUGUUUACUUUCACUGCUCUUAUUUUCCAUACUCUCAUCCCUCAUGCUUCAGUCUGUAAAAAUGUGUAAAAAAUUUUGCAUUUUGCAAUCAAACAUCACCAAACAGCCAACGGACUUAGCUAGUCACAAUGGUGAAUGUAUGUGGAGCAUUUCAGGGACCGGUGGAGACCAAAAACAGAGCCAAAUGGAGAGUAAAAACUGAGCUUCUACCCACCAGGUGGCCAAAAACAGGACUCCAAAUGUGUAACACGGUUGAACUCAGUAUACUGGCUGUAUAUCACAGGAGUCUUUAGUCAACAUGCUGAACACCUUAACAUAAUACAUUGAUGACUUGUCAUGGUUGUGCUUACAGCUUUUUGCUUGGAUCCAAUGUUAAAAGCUUCAAACCUCCAAAUUUGGAGGUUUCAGCUUCACUUCUAGGUUAAAGCCUCUAUUGUUCAUUAUUAUGUUGAUGUAUAAUCAAUCAAUACUAGAUGGCCUCUUUAAAAAAAACUCUGUUGAAGGGAAAGUUCCUUUAAGUUGUCUUUAAAACAGAUUUUGAGGUGUAUGUUUUUUGCAUUAUUUCUAAAUUGACUGAUUCUACAAUUUUCAGAGAAUUUUAACACAUUUUUGUUUUUUUUUGUGCCUGGGGAACUAUAUUAACACUACACUUUAUAUUGUGAUUUGUUUCCAAGCAUAUAUUUCUAUGCCUUACUCUAUGCCUGACAAAGAUCUUUUGGCCUUUUGGAUUGUAAAACAAAGGGAUGAUGUUUAAAAAAGAGAGAGAAAUAUUAAUAGGACUCAGUUCAAGCCAAGCUCUACUGAGAUGACUAAACUGGAAAGACAGAUUGUUCGAGUUGUUUUUUUAUUAGAGAUGAUCUCUGCAGAAAAUAUCAAAAAUGUCCAUUGUGUGACUUCAAUUUCAUUAUUUAAAAAAACAUGUUUCAAGUGAGUAUGGAGUAACUCAAAAAAUUGCAGAAAGGUAAACUGAAAACGUUUAGUACAGUUUCAUUACAAGACCUGACAGCUUGCUUUGACAGACCUUCAGGUGUAGGUAACACACCUCCUGUUCUGAGCUGACCCCUCCCACAUCCUGCAUACCUGUAUAUUAGCUCACCUGUAGCAUCAGCAGCACAGAGCCUCCUGUAAUCCUCUGGACCCUACCUGUGCAUCUUUCUAAAGAAAAAGCUGCUCUAUCUUUCAUCUGAACAAGGAGCUGUCUGUCCCCUGCUCGCUCCUUUGUAGUGUUGUGGGAACGGUGUUGCGAGGAUCAGCUUCCCAUCAUGUCCUCCAGCAUGUCAGUGAGGAGUUUCUCCAUGGGCCGUCAGCCUUCCUUCUCCAGCCGUUCUCUGAUGGACACAGGCCGCUCUCGCUCCAGGGCUUCCGUCUCUUUCGCAGCAGCCAGCCCGCUGAGCCGCUCGGCCUCCAUCAGCCAGGAUCUCAACGGGCCAAGCAGCCUGCAGCUCAACGGACUUCACGGCAACAGCGCCAAUGAGAAGGAAGCCAUGCAGAGUCUCAACAGCCGCCUGGCAAACUACCUGGACAAGGUGCGUUCUUUGGAGCGCUCCAACGCAGACCUGGAAAUGAAGAUCAAGCAGCUGAUGAUCGACCGCAUUCCCAAAGGUCAUGACAUUGACUCCAUGAUGGCACAAGCUCAUGCUGUGGAGCAAGAGGUGAGGAAGAAGACCCUGGAAAAUGCUCGUCUCAUGUUGGAGAUCGAUAAUGCUAAACUGGCUGCUGAUGACUUCAGAAUCAAAUGGGAGACUGAGAUGGUGAUGUGUCAGUCCGUGGAGCGAGACUGCGUUGCUCUGAAAAAGGCAAAAACCGACCAUGAGCAGAUCAUCGCCUCUCUGAGAGGAGACCUGGACAGCCUGAAAGAGGAACUUUACUUCCUCAAGAAAAACCAUGAGGAGGAAAUAGAGCAGAUGAGGUCUCGUAUUGCUCGGGAUGAGGUGAAUGUGGAGGUGGACUCUGCCAGUGGACCCGAGCUGGGCACCAUCCUAUCUGACCUGCGCUUGCAGUACGAGGGCAUCGUCAAGAAGAACAAGGAACAAGCAGAGCACUGGUACCGCAAGAAGCUGGAGACGGUGCAGAAUGAGGUGAAGGAGAGUAAUGAGGCUCUGAGGGGAGCUCAGGGUGAGCUGGUGGAGAGGCAGCGCUUCCUGCAGACCCUGGAGGUGGAGCUGGAGAGUCUGCACAAACAGAUCGCAGCGCUGGAAGGUAACCUGGGUGAAACAGGUGUGAAAUACUCUACUGAGAUGGAGCGGCUGCAGAGCACCCUGAGCCAGCUGGAGGAUGACCUCUCCCAGCUCAGGCUGGACAUGCAGCGCACCAAGACCGACUAUGAGCAGCUCCUUCGCAUCAAGCAGAACCUGGAGAUGGAGAUCGCCACCUACAGGCGUCUGCUGGAGGGAGAGGAAACAGUCAAGGAGGUUGCUCCUCCACCAAAGAAGGAGCCUGAUGUUCGCACCAGGAAGAUUGUGAAGGUGGUGACUCAGACAAUGAUCAAUGGCAAAGUGGUGGACGAAUCCAGCGAGGUGGAGCAGAUCGAGGAGACCAAGAAAUAAGUAGAGGAGCAAAGAUGUGAAGAUAUUAGAAAUGAUUGGACAGAAAGUAGCUCAAAAUGACAACAGGGUUUGCAGAGAGAGAGAGUGAGGAAUAAUAGAAGGGAUUUGUGUAAGAGUAUAUUUCACAAGCAAUGGAGCGUCAUUCCUGUAACAUCAUAUUGAACAGGGUAUCUUGGGGGUCAUUAUCUGGCUUGUAAUAUUUUGUGUUUUUAGAGAAAGUUUUCCUUCACUUGACUUGGGUAUGCCCAGCACUGCUGUACUCUAGCUUUACAUGCUUAUACUAAUUUUGAAUAGUCAUGUAUGUUUGUGUGGGUUGUAGCAUUAGACUAACCUUCUUCUCAUUACUUUACUAAUAGAAUGCUUUGUGGCUUAAGGGGAUAUUUAUUUCUUAGUGUGGAAAAGAUUACUUAAGUAAAUGUAAUACAUCUCAA